AUGACCAACGUGAGUGUACCACGCUGGUGCAGCCGGCAGCUGCUGGACUACGUCCUCGCCCGAAGGCGAGACCGUCACGGUGUGCUAGUGACAGAGAUGACCUGCGAUUUCGACGGCCGGACGGACAGCCGUCUUGUCAUCUUCAAAAUGAGACUGCGCAUUCAAUCAUCAGGCGACCACAAGGUAGGCGACUGUCAGGAUGCGAUAGUCGACAACUCGAAGGGUCCUAAAUUAGAAGCUAGGAAUGACCGAGUUGUCGGGCAACCUUUUCUGAGGUGAGAGACGUACGCACAGGUCAGCAAACAGUUGCGACAAGCGUUUCCCUCAGCCGAAAGUUGUUGAGGGGUGCCUGAGUACCCCUGGGAUUUAUCCGCCCUCAAACAAUCAUCGAGGGAUGCAGGUCCGAUAGUCGUCAAGCUUUCACCACAACGGUGAAGGGCACGUGCGGCUGGAGGAGUGAAGUGGCAGGCAACGUGGGGCGGACCGAAAGACGACAUGAGUAAUCGGCCGCGCUGACAACCACAAGGCCAAACUGUUCCUGCACGCACAGACAAGACGAAAGGCGACGUGUACUGGCGUCGGAUCAAUUGUUUCUUAUCUAAACAACACGAGUAACUACGUAAUUGGAAACUUGAACGUGACGUCCACUGGAAGGAGGAGUGUGAGUGUGCGUUGCGGCUGGAGAAUUGAAGGGUGCGCCGUCCCGACGCACCGAGAGCAGUCACACGCACUCACAGCGCUUACAAUCUAACCGGACCCCCUCUACUUCCCCCCCCCCUCCCACCCCAACUCCACCGUCCUCAACACGCUGACUCCGUCAUGCGGGCGGCGUGGGUGCAUGGAGUCCGAUUAACCCUGCUCCCGAGACGCAUUUAUAUCCUGUCGACAAGUAGACUGAUCAUUACCCAUGUAAAUGUACCGGCCUGAUGAUGAAUUACCGAAAAAUAUGUUCGCCAACUGACUCUCCAAGGUGAGAAGGUAAUUGCAGUUGGUGGCAGCGGCGACGAAAGGAGUAUAGUUGGACACGGUGGACGGACAGAGGGCGGGGGGUGGGAUGGGGAAACAGGAGGUAGGGAAACACAGGGUUCAUUCGGGAUAGCAACUUUGAGGCGGUUCGCAUCCAUGACCUCUUUAUGAGUUCCGCUUUGAAUGCGGAAUGUCGUCCCCCUCGAAACAACCCGGAACGUUCCGUCGUACGGUGGCUGUAGUGACCGAGAAAUUCGAUCACAUCGCAGGUAGACGUGAAAGCAUGCAACCAAGUCCUCCGAAAAAGGCUCACAGAUCGUUGGCUUGGACGUAAAUGGGCAGGCUUUCCACAUGAAUUAUUGUAGACGGUGCUGGAGGUUUGUGAGCUACUCGACCGCAUCGUGAGGAGCUGGUGAGUUCAUUUGACCUGGCAGUCGGAUAGUGGUGCCGAACACCAAUUCAGUGUUGGGACACGCAAGGUCGAAUUUUAUGGUCGAGCGAAUGCCAAAUAGGACCAGGGAACGAUAAUCCGUCCAGUUCUCCCUAUCCGCUGCGGUGCGUAGGGAGUUCUUCAGCUGGUGGUGAAACCACUUGACCAUAAUAUUGACUGCUGGAUGAAAGGCCGUCGCCCGAUUGUGUGCAGCCAAGGGAGGUGAGGUCGGACUCGAGCUGGGGGCCUCGGUUAGUUGGAACUGUUGAUGGGCACAAGAAAUGGCGACCCAACGACUGACGAAAGCCUUAAAGAUGGUACCUGCAUCCGCAUUCGGCAGAGGAAUUGUUUCAGCGCAGCUGGCGUAUGGACCGAUGCAGGUAGGGAGAUGAGUGUAGCCAUUGGAUGGAGGUAAGAGGCCUAGGACAUUCAGAUGAACGUGACCGGACCGUGCGUCAAGGCGAGGGAAAUUGUCUGGUGAUGACAAGUCAUGAUGCCGCACUCUGUUCUGCUUGAAACUCAAACACGAUCGUGCCUAUACUUUGCCUUCCUUGUUCAUGCCAGGUCAGACAAACCUUUUCUUUAGGAGCUUUUUGGGGAGGGACAUGGGACCACUGGGCGGAAGACUACAUGAAGAGAUUGAAAAACAGCUCGAUGCAUUGAGGCAGCAUGAGGGAGCAAUGAGAAGGACUGGAGGACAAACAGAGGAUUUUGCCAACACCGGUGGACAAAGGAAUUUCCAUGAGCUGGCCUACACUAAUUGACUCAUCAACAGGACAACCGACCCGUCGUUGUUCACCCCCCUUGGCAAUAAGAUCGACCCCAAGUGGGAGCUGCAGUGCAGAGAAGGAAGACCGACUGAUAUACAGUCCAGGCGGGCUAUCUCAGUGGGGCUAUAUUUGUUUGAGUGGGGUCGAAGGGCGAACGUCAACGGUUUGUGGUUUUUGAAAAUAGUGAAGUUAUAGAUGCCCGCCCUCACGGCUGUCAGCGCGGCCGCUUCCCCAUGCCUCUUCGGUUGGUCUAACGGGCCCGUGAAGCAUUGCGUGCACGCGUGAAUCACCCUUCAGCUUGCCGACGCCGUAAGGCCGAAGUAUAAUUUCGUCUACAUCGAUUUGUCACUGCCGCAAAAGCUCAGGCGCAUACUUACGCUUUGCCUCCGGGCAGGCAACUCAAACGAUUGACAAUGCUGGUGAGAACAAUUGUUGCCACUGGCUGACGUACUGCGUGUAAGCUUUUCUGUCGUAGCAAAGUUUGUCCAACGUGUUCUGUCUCCCUAAUUUCUGACUUGAGAACCUUCGAGUUGUCUACCAUCUCAAUUCGGCAAGCGAUGAUCCCUUCCAACUCCACAAUGUAGUCAGGUGUUGGCAAUGGACAACUUUCCACCAGCUAUAUAGCAUAUUCUGCACCCGUUCCUGACAGUCUUUCGACCCCGUUGGUGGAAAUGCACGGUUUCGACAAGUUCUCCCCUGCCUCACUUUCAACUAUAUCGGCUUCUCUCACGUUCCUUCUUUCGAACUUGAGGUCAAAGAUGGCUAAUCUUGCAUAAGAGUUAGUUACCUUGGAAUGGGCCGGAAUCCUCAGCAUCCACGUCACAUUAAGGCAAACCCAACUAUGAGUGAGCGGUCACGUCGUGGGGAUGGACGACGAGCGACUACUCAGGCGAAUGUUUUACGGCGACAUCGUCACGGGUGAUCGUUGACAGGGUGAGUUGAAACGAAGUGGGAACGACGCUCUGGAUAUUUCCCUUUGUAAUCUACAAAGUGGUCUGGGGACCUGUGAGGACCUCCCACAAAACUGAUUAGCCCCGAAAACAACAGUGAAGACUGGAACAACUGUAUACGAAACCAACCGGAUCGCCGCUGCCAAAAUCAAAGCAAAGGCUCUCGAGUCUCACAUUUCGCAGACCAACAAUUCCAUCAAUCAAAACCUCCCAUCAUGUCCACGAUGCCAGCGGACAUUUAGCGCGCUGAUCGACCUCGUCGGACCCAAUGCACUAUCAGCGGGGCACUCCCUUUUCCCGUUCCGAAAAUCGUCUCAGCCUCCAUCACCACUACCGAUAACCCCACGACGUCAACAACCAACACUACUGGCGAGCAAACUCCCGAUGCUUCGCCGCCCAUUGCCACUUCCGGACAGUUCGAACGUCAUCACCGACGAUGUCCACCUUGUGCCCAACAGGAUGGUAACCUGCGCCUGAAUUAGUUUAUAGCGAUAGUAAACUUUCGCUGCAUCUACCGCACCCUCACUCCCCCACCCACCUGAGCCCGGUGCCAAGGGAGAGUCAAUAAAACCGUCGACGGGAGAGGCCGCAGGUGGCUGACACGGCGAGAACACGCACAUAGGCGUGCCAUCACGCCCCCGGUUCACAACGAACACUUGACCAGGAUUUUUACAUCAAGAAAAAUGAGGGGGGCAGUAGGGAUCUCAUUUGCCGUCCCGUCAGUCUGCACCGGGCCUGCCACCAAAUCCCCACUGGUGGCCUUUGUUAUCAUAUGUGCUCAUUCCCGAUAACGCCUGCCAGACCCCUAUCUAACCCCUGUGUCGGUCCAGCGCAUUUACCGCGUGACCCGCUUUGGGCGUCGUGCCCUCCGAGACUGGCGAUUCGGUGUCAGGAGCAUCGACAUACAAUCGUCGCACCCACCUCAACUUCACACGGCCCUCGGACAUCCAGUUACUGCAUGGGCUUAUUCGGCUUUAUGGACCUCUGUUGAAAUCUGCGGUAGAACACAGCAGUCCAAACCCCACCACCACACAUGUCCCCUUAGCUCGCACGCCCCUAGACCAGAAAUAAGCACACCCCACAUCACCCACCACCUGCUCAGAACAUUCACCUCGCAAGCAAGUGGGCAACAUGUUCAACGCAUACCCUCGUGCGUGGCUUGGUCACUGGAUCCUGUAUGGCACACGUGAACAGAUGUAUUAGCUCUGUCAGCCACUGCGUCCAAUAGAAGCACUGGAUGACUAGCAAAAUCGAGCAGUCCACUGUUAUCGUCAGUUUGAGCGCAUGAUCUGCUACUCUUCAGUAAAUUCCAGACAGUGCCUGCCUUCAAAAAUGCUUCGGCUACCUCCCAAACUGAAGCAUAGGUAAUUUACCUCCUGUUCAAAUGUCUGGAUGCAGAUUUCUGCGCCACCUCACCAGAUUUUCGAUCACAUUCUACCUAAUCAACUAUAAUGUUGAUCCUCCCCCAGCUAAUAAUUUUACCACAUUGAUCCCGCCCCUUUUUAUUGUUACAUGUGUGCUGUUGUUCGGCUGCAUUUCGGUAAGCUAAGCUACUGUUACCCACCCCCCUCCCUCCCCCCAGGCGCUGACCGAAUGCAUUGGCCUCAUCACGAAAACUGUUCCCUUAUCGAUCCAUGUUGCCUUAUUGUGGUCGCCAUAUGAACCAAGGCUGACAACCCGGCCACUGAGCUGGCAUUUUGUGCGAUGACAGGACCGCACACACGCAGAGGUGCUCACAUGAGGGGCUGGUCCGUGUUUUUCGUUUAUGGUUCGGGGGCUUACGGACCCGCUGGAAAGCAGUGAUCACUGGCGUUAGCGACCGGUGCUUGUGAAAGGCUGAUUUGUGCACGCUCAUUGUGACUUUCUAUUCAUGAAUGCCUGUGGUAGGUUUAUGGACGUCUCCUCGCACGGACUCAUGGCAGAUAAUGCUCAUGCGAUGUCGAACAAACCUUUUAUCCUAUAUGGUAAGGUUCUACAAUCCUGCGUUCAAAAAAUAGACAUUAUUUGACUUUCGUCAAAUUAUCAUACUUAAGUAACAGUAACGUUUUUCCAGUGUCGACAGCGGACACCUCCGAUCUUGCCGUUUUCUCAUCUAUCCAACUCGAAAUGAGCAUGCUCAUUUAAAAUAAAACAGAAUUGGGUGGGAAUGAUGAAACCCUAUCAAGCCAUCGAAAAACAAUCGGCCUAUUUUUAAGUCAAUUUUACUGUCCAGGUUUGCCGCUCCAGUUGAAAUCAGCAUGGCUCAAAACUUGCAGUCUUUUAAGACUUGGCCGUCAGUGGUGGUUGGCAAGAUGUGCUCGGCGUAGUUUGCUGUUACCACUAAUUUGGCCUACAAUAUUGUAACGCAAAAUCAACCUCUAGGUACAAUGACCAGCAUCCUCAAGACUUUAUUCAGUUGCUCAAUGCAUUAAUCCCAAAUAAGGCACUUCAGGAGAAUGAUUAUUUACUUUUCUUCGAUGUAAUAUCCAUCGUCGAUGUAACUCGAUCUCUUCGGAAUUGUCACAUUACAGUUCUUAAUUUUCUGUCAAUCACGGAAAUAUUGGUUUCUUUGCAAAAUCUCAGACCAUUCUCAAUGGUAGGGGGCGCUCACCGAUCGUUCAUACGAACUCACUCGUUCCGUUGGGCCUUAAGGGCUCUCUCUCGAGCCCAACCAGCAGCCGCACAGCGGCGCAUGAUAUAUAGGCAGAAUGGUAUUACCGACAAAGACAAGGGAGACUGGAAUGGCCAUUUCUGGCUUAUUAGCCGUCGUCAGCCAGCCAUACCCAAGCCCGAAGUGUGGAACACCCGAGCCUCGAACUCGCGACCUGUUGGUUUAGAAGUCCACGCCUCUACCCACCGGGCCACGAGCCCGCUGCCUUGUCGGUUUUCGAUUGGGAAUAUACAAUGGUAGGGGGGCGCUCACCGAUCGUUCAUACGGAACUCACUUGUUCCGUUGUGCCUUAAGGGCUCUAUCUCCAGCACAACCAGCAGUCGCAUAGCGGCGCAUGAUAUAUAAGCAGAAUGGGAUAUAUCAUAUAUGUAUAUAUCAUGCGCCACUGUGCGGCUGCUGGUUGGGCUCGAGAGAGAGCCCUUAAGGCACAACGGAUCGAGUGAGUUCCGUAUGAACGAUCGGUGAGCGCCCCCUAACAUUGUAUAUUCCCGAUCGAAAACCGACAGGGCAACGUGCUCGUGGCCCGGUGGGUAGAGGCGUGGACUUCUAAACCAACAGGUCGCGAGUUCGAGGCUCGGGUGUUCCACACUUCGGGCUUGGGUAUGGCUGGCUGACGACGGCUAAUAAGCCAGAAAUGGCCAUUCCAGUCUCCCUUGUCUUUGUCGGUAAUACCAUUCUGCCUAGACCCUUCUCAUUUAUGCGCCUGGGAAACGUGGCGUUCGAAGUUAUUUUAAGUACUAAUUACGAAACAAAUGUGAGUGCUAACUUCGACAGGAGGUACUUUACACCAAUCUGGAUUCGUUUGUCUCCGAAAGCGUUUGCCUUAUGCAGUCACUGUCACCAAGUUUCUUGCUUAAAUUGCUUUGAGCGUCAAAUUCUGAUAUGUCGGCGGAGAUUCGACCAAUUUUUUUAGUGAAUAAGUGUUUUCGCUUGAAAACACCAAGAAACGCCCCAUCCUACCGGAGAUGGCCUACUGAAUUCAAGAGGGGCGCCUAUUCCCGUGCAGUAAGUUUAACCCUCGCACUAACCCUCACAGUGACAAUAAUAAACCUAACCAUAACCCUUAUACUAAUUAUCCUUACCCAGCUAUAACUGUGACUCCCCCUGGAAUUUAGGGCAAGGCCAUCUGUAACGCUGGGGCGUAAAUAUUUCUGUUAACACCAAUCCCAGCCCCCACCUGCUAAUUUAUCGCAAGGCCAUCUGUAAUACGGCGCGGGGCACGUGCUAUGCCCUAAUUUAUUUUCUGGUACAGGUUGUGACAACACAACAUCUUCAAAUCAGAAGACUGGUGUUCGCAUUUCCACAAUCUGUAUUACAAAAUAAGUGCUAUUUAGGAAAACCAUGUGCUAUUUCAAGUUUAAAACCUUUUUUCAUAAUGGGAUAAAAAUAUAUUUCUGUUAGGUUAUGCCAAAAAAUUACAUCUGAAUUGCAUAAUGGGCUUGUUUUGUGGCGCUACUCGGAACUAGCCAUGCGCUCUCGAAAUUUUUUCUUCAAAGGAGCGAAAAAAAGUCAAAAGCUUUAACUGUCCCAAGUUCGCGUCUUUAGGGGGUCAGUAAGGCCUCAAUUAGCCUCUCAACGGGUCACCAAGUUCUAAGGACCGUAAUUAAAGUUCAUAAUUAAGGUUUUGGACGGGUUUUGCUCGUCAAGCGUCCUAAAAAUUUUCGCUCUGCAGGAACCAGGACACUUAUAAUUUGCUAUCGACGAAGAACUUAGUUUCCCCCGACCACAGCUAGCAGAAUGAAGGGGCCUGAGUAGUGCAGUUCGGCAGUUUCGAACGGCUGGUGCAUUUUUCUUUUCCUUCCAUGUUGCUAAAACUCAUUGUUUUAUACAAAAUGUUAGUGAGUGUUGUUGUAAACCGCUAUUCGUAGCCAUCUUCACACUGAAAUCGCCAUUGAAAUUAUGUUUACGUCGAACGUCCACUGAAAGAAUGCCUAAAAACACGGAAGUAUGCCAUCUGUCAUGCGCACAAAAAUAUUAAAACCAUAAGAGUUGUAUGAGCAGCAUAAGUAUGACUCAGGUGAUGACCGGUUUUGAGAAAGCUUGAAGUUUGCAGUUUAGAAGAAGGCUUGAACUUUCGAAUGGCUAAACAUUGCUUGCACACUAUCUACUUUAUAAGCAUUUCAUUUGUUCGGAACUGAACAUAAACCAAACGAUAGUAGAGACGGGAGUUUAUAAAAAAUCUGAAUGAAACCUGAUCUUCCUCGACGCGGUGAGCCCAUAUUCUUCUUUAAAUCAUCAACCCGGAUCUCUCAACUUUGUCAAUCUGAACACAAGAAUAGAACGUACCGGAAGCCGUAUUGGCAACAAUGCAAGUGAUAUUUUAGAAAUAAGGUAGGAAAUCACGGUAAAAAGGCUCAUGAGAAAACACCCACAAAAUCAAAGACGCGUGAGUAAAUUUCUUGGGAUCGGUGCGGACAUGUGACGUUUCCCUGCCUGGCCUGGUGCAGGAUGGGUGUUCCUGUACUUUCUCCAUAAUUAAUGAUUUGUAUGAAAGAGGCGGAAAGCGGAGACGCCGAUCUGACGUAGAGUUUCUAACUGCAUCCCAAGUCAGUGGCCAAUCUCAUGAAGUGUGAACCGAGAUCCUGCAGUGUGCUUUCGAUUAGGACGGGUUACUUAGGUGAGAUCGUAAUAUUGAUCGUCGAGUAGCAUAAUCCUAAGAUAUUUAAUUCAUGCCAGAAUACCGUUUUUUAGACCCGUUUCUUACCGACAGCCCGCGAAAACAUCACUCGGUAAAAGGAAGUACCUAAUUAGUAUACAUUUUCAUUGAUAAGGGUGGCUAUUUGGAUAAAAAGGAAGUCGUCUUUAAGAUUCCAUGCAACAUCUAUGAUGCAAUAUAUUGUGGUCGAACUGGAAACUCCAUCUCUACACGCCUACAUGAACGCCAUUUGGCACUAAGGCGGCUGAACCACUUAUUCCAAGUCACUAUGCAUACGCUAGAAACCGGGCACAAAUUUGCUUGGGAUAAAAGACGGAUUGCCACUUCCUCCCUAUAUAAGAAAGGCCGGCAAUUUAUGGAGGCCGAUUGCUCUGAUGAAUCGCGCAUCAAUUGGCACAUCGAUUUGAGCGCCAUGCGUACAGAUCUCAAAGAAAAACGGAAAUAUGGUAACCAGUAGAAACGUGAUGUCAGCCCAAAUCAUCGACCUAUGGACAGCACUGACAAAUCGAUAUCUUUUUUCAUGUAUGCUUGAAUUUUAACUGUUUUUCACGUUUUCUACGCGUCUGACAACGACCUGGGGAACCAGCGUCGAAAAUUUACGAAAUUAAGUUUGCUUAAUUUUCCAAAGGACUCAUUUCAGACUCAUGCAGAAUGACAUUACCGACAAAGACUGGGAAACUGGAAUGACCACUUCUGGCUUAUUAGCCGUCACCAGCCAGUCAUACCCGUCCCUGAGGUGUGCAACACCUGGGGCUCGAUCCCACGACCUGUUGGUUGGGGGUUCAAUGCUCUAACCGCUGGUCAACGGGCUCGUUAUCCUAUCAGUUGCGAUCGGGAAUACACAAAGGUAGAGGGACGCUCACAGAUCGUUUUUACGGAACUCACUCAUCCCGUUGUGCCUUAGGCUCUCUCUUGAACCAAACCAGCAGCCGCACAGCGGCGCUGUUUGGGUUGGUUAUAAGUCGAAAGCCACGUUUGUGAUUAUGUACGCAUGCAAGCAUGCGUUUAGCCCUUCUUCUUACACAAUUUGUCUUUUUUGCAUGGUGGCUAAUCUCUCCGAAGCAUAGGCUAUAGAAAACUUCCAGUCCAUAAGUGCAUGCGACUUAAACCACUCAGAGAAUUUGCCCAGUACGUUAAUGUGCCAUACCGCAAGCGAAGAACUGAGUCAUUAGCUUACCUAUCUGAGUGGGUGUCAUAACUCCUUCUUCUUCUUCUUCUUCUUCUUCUUCUUCUUCUUUUUUUUUUCUUCUUCUUCUUCUUCUUCUUCUUCUUCUUCUUCUCAGAAUGCACACUUAUUAUGACUGUAUUCGCCCUAGGUUCUUUUCACUGAUGUUUAUAGAUACAGUCCAAUAUGGCCUUCGGUUCUUCCGAAAUUUUACUUUUUUCAGGUAUUGUCGUCGCGGCCAACUUUCAUGUGGAUUGGUAGCCUCAGACUGUAUGCCCUCAGUUACUUAGGAAGGAAUUUUUUUCUAGACCAAUGCUAUUUUCUACAAACUUAUUUCUGAAAAUCCUACAUUAUUCAGAUUAAGGACUGUGAAAAAAACUUUGCAUGGAAUAAUUUCCUCGGAUAGAAAAAGCCUAACUGUCAGAUGAAUACAAGCAAAAAUUCUAAUAAUUUUUACAGAUUUUUUUUAACUAUUCUGCCUGAGGUCUAAUAGAAGGUCUGAAAUCCGAGGUCUCAACAGACAAAACCUGGAAUAAGCAGAAACUCGCGAACCCCGGAAGACGUCAGACAGAAACUCAGUGUAAAGUGCUCAUUAAUUUGCUUAAGGUAACAAACUUUGCGAACGAGGAACCAUGUGAGACUGCGAAUCUCAGUUAACCGACAGCAUUUCCGCAUUAAGGGUUUGCGACGAGGAAUACACGAUCGCUGGGCUCACUGUAGAACUCAUCGGAGUCUUCAGUGGACAAGGGCAGCGAACUCACAGGCACUGCAGUAUGCACAGGGUUCAAGGCUACGCAACCAUUCGCCUAAUAAAGUAGCAGCCCCGCAUCCAAAUAGGCGUUCACAAAUGGUGUGGCAAGGGCUUGGUCGGGGGCAUUCGAGUCCCUAUUGCUCGCGACUUCCCACUAUUGUUGAUUACGGGCGUAGUGACAACUCGAAAAUUUAUUCCGCCAUGACAUCUACUGGGAGCAGUGUUCAGUCGUGCGCUGCUGCGUGAUUACUUCCUCUACCAAAGGAAGGCCAUAGCCCUGGAUGGAAAGGAGGGGUGUCAUUGCGUUCAUUGAUAGACUGCAGUAGGUGCAAGAUGGUCUAUCUUCGAAUCUUACCCUCCCCCCCCCAGGGCUCUGUUGUUAGCAUGUAAGACUCAUGCAAAAAUCAAUUUUGGCAUAAUCAACGUAGUACGAAACGAACGAAAAGUGUAAAUUAAUUUAACGGAAGAAAAGUUCACUCCUUAAACACAAAAUGGUAUUUUUACGAUCACGCCUGUCAGUUCUGUUUAAAUUUACUAGACACCAACCGGCCUCGUGGCAUGUCCUUUCAUGAAAAAUUUUGUUCCUACGACGUCCCCACCGGUGAAAUCAAGCGAAAUCCCAUUUCUUUUGUUGAACCCCAUCUCAUUUAACUCAAAAGAGUCAAGGAUAGCACGAAACGUUAUCUAUGUCUACUUUUAUAUUUACUACGUUUUGGUUUGAAAAUACAUUCUAUACAUAUAAAAACGAAGUUUACUAAAUUAGAGCCAUUUCUGAUGUUUUCGGGAUAUUGCGCUUUUCAAGAUAAAUCGGCGUUUCUAAACAACGCAACACCGCUUUUAAUAUUUCUUUCAUGUUUUUAAUUCUUUUAAUUUGCACUUAGUUAACAUAGACAUUGGACUCAUUAAAUGAUGUCGGUUUGCGAGUGAUUGGCAAUCGUUCGUAAGUUUCGACACAUUUCAUGAGUCAGGUCAUUAACCGUAUAUGAGUAACUGAGACCCUUCUGACAACUUGAUAUGAUCCUAUCUUCACACUCAGUGACUUGUGCAUGCAUGCGCGCUGUCAGCAGCAAAUCCAAGUACCUCCGUUGAGUUCAUUUGGGCGUUUGAUGUGAAAUAGCAGUCGCUUCGGAACGGCCAGCUUUAGGCCAAAAUGGAUUGGCUGUCGUGUGAGAACCCAUCGAGCACCAAAAUCCGGAGACGUUUACUUGGUAAGGUUACAUAGCCUAUCUUUGCGCGUCAGGUAACCUUUAGAACCAGAAAGGAGAUGAGACGAUAACAGAGAAAACGGUUUUAUUUACAGGGGAAUUUUGAGCAGAACUCUAAAGAAAGGUAGUUGGGCUGUUGGUCGCUUAAUGGGUACGGAAUUUCAUAAUAGCUUCCAGAUCGCCACGUCUUAUCGCAUGGUGGCCAUUUGAAUUCGAUGAUUUAAAGAUGAUGAAGGUUACUGGUGGUAGAUGACAACCGAGGGAAAAACGCCUAGGUUUUUUAAAUAAAGAUUAAAACCCAGUUUCUCAAUAAGGGAGCCUCCUGGUCGAAUGGAUUUGAAUGGUCACUCUUACGGUGACCGAAAUUCAGGUAAGGGCGGGACGAGUAGCUGGUGUUGAAACUACUUGGGGUGGAAGCACGAAAGCAUAUAAAAGACUUGAAUUACACGACCAAGCAAAAUCGAUAGUCUGCUUUCUUAACAUCCAGGUUCGAUCAACCGUAUCUUAAUAAUAAGAAUAUCUCCUUAUUCUAAAGAAAGAAAACAAGAACAAGAAUUUUUGGUGUGUGACAGACCGUGGUUUGCCUUUCUGCAUUGCAGGAUGUCCAACUUACCGCACUUCAUAGCGAAGUUGCAUAUUUUCGUGCCUGUUUCUAACUAGCUUCAGGAUUAAGCAUAGGAAUAAAUAUCUUGCUGCCUGCGGAAAUGGAGAAACCAAUCGAUCGGGAAAAGGAUUUUUCGAGCUUCAUGGCGGAAAAAUACGUGCAUUGGAUUCUGCUAAAUAUCUUGAUUAUACUUUCUUAUAAUUUUCAAGACAGCCAUCCUUAACAUGCGUCAAGUCCCAUGGAAUACCAGAGUAAACCUUCGAACACACUUUCAACCAGUGAAGACAAUUUAGGUUGAAUUCUAAUGCAGACAAACGGGGAAACUGCUUAAAGCUGAUUCAUGCAUGCUAGCAUGCUGAUACUUGGUUAAGAAUCUUUUCAGUUACCUUUGCAAACUACACUAGGAAAAACCCUUGCACUACUUUUCGAGACCUACGCAGGUUCAAUAUGACUUUAGAAGAGUGUUUCGAAAACUUUUUAUGCUAAUUUUAAAUGUUAGAAUGAAAGGGUGUGAUUUUUUAUUAAGGAAAUGCAUCAUUAUAGGAAUUGUGGAAGGUUCUCAGGAAUAAUCUUGUAGCCUAAUACCCGCAAGUCUAGAAGUGGAAACUUCAUGCGUCACUUUCGUGGUACAGAGUUUCAUUUUUAUUAUCGUCGAAGGUCAGUAGGAAUAAUGAACACUAUACUAAUAGUUAUUUCUCCCUUGUCUGCUAGUUACACAGGUGACUUAAAUGAUAUUCGUCAAUAUUUCACGCCAGUCAACAAUAUAACCGCAUCGGAAUUGUGUAUUCCACUUUAAAACUGGUUUAAUAGUUUCAGGAAUUAUUUCCUGAGUUUUAGCCAAUGUGGUAAACUGGAUUUCUGAUGCCUGUAAAUUCGAUGCAGGUGAGUUUACAAAUGUCAAUUUUUUACUCCGUUAAAAGUAUUCGUCUUAUGAUAAAAAUUCAUCGUUUUUGUCACUAGUCAAAAUUCAGACACAAAAUCGAAUUAUCCAUCCAGUAAAAUAAGAGACAAUGACUAACAAUGGAGGAGGUGGAAAACAAAUAAGGGACCGACUGGAAGUUCCACGAGCACUCCAGCCCAAUUUUGAGUUUUUCUAAAAAUUUUAGCGAUGUUCUUUUGGUGCUUGUGCUUGAAAAUUAAGCAAAGCAUCUUUGAAAUAACGUUCAGGAGUAUGCUUAAAGUUGAUUUGUGUGAUUUUUCGGGAAAGUAAUUUGCACUUAAUCCUCCCAUCUGUCGACGUAUUCGUUUGUUCGUUCUAUGAGUUGCCACCGAUUGUUAGUUGUUAUCUUGGGUAGUCGCGUACUACUCAAGACAUAUAAACUCACAAUAGCGUAACGCCUUCCAAUUUUUCGUUAGUCUUUGGAGAAGAAAAAAUGAUGGUUGGGAGUCUACAAUUUAUCGAUUUCGAAAAAAUAAUGGGAAAACCGCAUAAAAUAAGAAGCGACUUUUUCAUCAAACCAGGGUCAUGAGGAAUAUGGGUUCAAACUAGAAGUUAUCCCUGCAAUACACAAAUCACGUACUCUGCACUUUCAAAAACAAAUAAUUUUUAAGAUCGAGUUUAACCAAAAGUUUAUAAAUUAAGCCACUUGCCUAGCAGUUCAAAAGAAGCAUUUUAGCAUUACAAACGUUAUCAGGACUUCAACUGGGGCGUCAUGACAUCACAUUGACUACAAAACCACCUACUGAGCAUCCAGUCGUCAGAGCUCAUAUAUGCACAUAUUCACUUCGUUUACUGGUUGGAAAAAAUCAGACGUUUUACCCAUGGUAUGCAUCAUUUCGAAAUUUUUUAUAUGCACCGAACCUUUUCGAAACGGUCUAGCGAUAGAAUAACAUGAGGGAAUAUUAUUCAGUUUUUCGCGUCGAAAUCGUACCACAUCUUAAAAAAACGCGGCCGAUGUAACUGGCGAUGGACGACUUUCAGCCCUGGAUGCACCACUUUUUGUUUCCUAGGGAUAAUCUUGACCAACAAGCCGAAAAAUGAACAGAUGAGAGAAAAUAAACUGCUUAGCUGAUUUAAACAUGUUAACUCUUUUAUUUGUCCGUAAUUCCACAUUUAUUUUCUAAAUCCCAACAUCGUUUGUAGUUUCUGCUUUUUUGGCUCUUGCAUAUAUGAUACUUACAGUCGUUUUGGGCAUAACUCUGCUCUAGAAUACAGAAGCCAAAUUUAAUUAGCCUAUGAGAACUCGCCUUGAUGUGUCCUGUCCAUUCUUAUUGUGUAGUGGAAAUGGUCUGUUGCGUAAACCUGAUUGGUUAAUUUUUGGCCAGGGAUGUGCCGCUGAGUAUAAAUUAUAUGCUGUUACCAAUUUUUUAAACGUAGUUCGACUUUGAACAUGACAUUUUAUGCCCAAAUCUUCACGGCAAUAUUUUUCGGUGUUUUGACCAUCUCGGCGGCGAGGAGCAUCCCUAAACCUUAUCGGGUACGAAAGUUUCUCUUUCUUAUAUUAUACAUUAGAUUUCCUGUUACACCGUUAAUGGUCAGUCAGUAUAGACGUAGCAUACAGCAUAUCACAGUGCAUGUAGAACACUGUGCAGUCGAAAAAAGACAUUAGCGCUGCCCCAGUUGGAUUCUUGUUGGCUUUUCACAUUUAAGAAGUCCACUGGUGAAUGAGACCAAUGCCGGCCUAGACAGUGUCUCCGAGGUUCGAAUGUCAUCUCAUAGGGCUACCCAUCUGCAUUUUCGUUUAAGACUUUUUGGGUUCGCAGGAUGUUAACUGUGACGAUUAUUUCCUUCAAACUUUCACAGGCUUCACGACCAAGAGGAAAAACGAAGAAACAUUGAUCGAUUUGCUUAAGUAAGAUCUGCUGACAAAACAAGUAUCACCUUUAGCUUGUCAUUAAAAUCAUUCGUGGUUACCAACUGUAGUUUAGCUAACAACUCCGAAUUGCUCGUUUAAAUUCUUGCACUCUAUUUCUCGUCCACAGAGCAAAGUAUCACGCAAGAUUUCGUUCCAGUGUAGUCGUUCAUGCAUUUUGUACUCUUCAUGAAGAGAAGUAUUUGUAAUUUCCGUCUCCAAAUCUCUUCAUAGUGAUGGCGGAGAGUCGAUGCAAGUAGCCUAGCAUGUAUGCGUAGAUUAAACAGACGGCUAUAGACUUGAGUGUGAAGUUCAGUGUGCGACAGUUUCUAAACAAGACUUGUUUGGCUUAGUUCUGUCGAGUGAGCUCUAAAAACGAUUUCCGAAUUGCAAAAUUCCCGAUUAUAGUACCAGGACCCGUAGUAGUGAAUUUCUGAAUGCAGAUUUUGGCAGCUUCGGCUGCAAUCUUUCACCUACAGAACUUAAGUCAACUGAAUUUCUUCUACCCUCUUCCAAACAACCACGUAGAUAAAUUUACCGUUAGGAUCGAAGCUCCAUCUAAGACUAUUAUCAAUGUUCAUGUUUAUUAGAGUAUUUCCCAAUACUUUUUGGAGGAUACGUCUCGUUCUGUUUUCCGUUCACGUUUACCUUUCUUAGAUAAGAUUUCACUAGGCCACAAAGAACUACUUGACUUUAAAAUAUAGCUCUUGUGAAAACUAUGAUGAUGAUUCCCUACAUGACUCUUUGUAUUGACAUCGCCUAGACUGUAAUCUUUUAUAUUGUUGGCAGGAGUUUACAUGUUGUUACAGCAAGAUGACGUCUAGUAAACUUAACUUCUAGCGAGCUAGCUUUCACAGCUUCUUCUGUUCUUAGAAAGCGCGACCAAAUUAGGUUUGACCAAGGGCUUGUUUCUGAACAUAAAGCAAAAACUAUGGAACCCUUCUACUCUUUAGGAAGGUUCGUAUUACCAGUCGCUUAAGUUAAGAAAAUGCUUUGAUCUGUAUGGAGACUGGCGCCCCCCACUAAAAGAGGCUUCAGGAGUUUGACAAUGAGGCUCUUGCCUUUGCACUUGCGGAACCGCUUACCUCGAUUCAAAGAUGAAUUUCAUUUAUUUUGGUAGGGUCAUAAUAUUCAGAUAGGAAAAGUUGAGAGAUCCGGGAAGAUUAUUAGAAGAAGAAAAAUGGGUCAUAAUAUGCAUUGUGGAUUUUGAGAGCGUCCGAAAAUAAAAGCCUCUAGAAUUUUAACCUUAGUGUGCAUUUAUCUCGCACUUCCAUAACUUUGCUAAUGUGAUCUAAGGAGUCUGGUCGAAUCCAGGCCGAGGAUUUCCGUGGUCUACGCCUCUCGUCAAAAUUCAUAUUUGAAACUGGAGUCUCUAUAAGCCUGAACGCCAAAUUUCGUGUCCUUUGUCUGCGCUAAUGAGCGAUCAUCAAAACAUUUUGAAUGUUUCAAUUUCAGUCUAACAACAACGCCCUGCGUAAGAUUCCUGUCGCAUGCUUAGUGGCUCCUUGGAUUAGACAAUAAACUAGCCUUUUCUCAUCAUUUACUGUGGCAUGUUUUUGGGUUGUUUCAAAAAAUACUUUUUUUCUCUUUUUUAGUCUAUAGAUGAUCUGGCCACGGAAAACGGAGCACAGCUGACCAACUGCGUUGACGAGUGCAUUAUGAAGGCUUACAGCAAAUCCUUCCUGAGUGGAGUACCUGCCCUCGAUGCAGGCCUUCUUAGGAGUCAGUAUCAUCCCAAAUUUAGCAACUGUAUUUAUAACUGCAACUUUGAGGCUGCCGUUCUGGGUUCUAAGAGCAAACGCAUCGUCGACCCCAUCGCCUAUUCCGCGCUCUUCUCUAACAUGUGA